AUGUUGCAAAUAUGCGUUACUCCUGGUCCCAGGACUGUCGAUGCAAUUAGCUUUUUGGAACCAGUUCUCGAGGAGUUGGAAUCAAUCGCCACUGACGGCUUUCAUGUUCAAGUUGGCAGUAGCAUGUUACGCGUCAAGGCACACUUGUUGUGCGGCGACAUGCCAGCAGCUUCAAAAAUGGCAGGGCUUAUAGUCAUACUGGAUAUCACGGAUGCCGUUUUUGUUACAUUAAAGGAAAACACAAUGGCAGUGCAGUGA